UAGUACUCUAAUUACCAUCGGUGGUAAAUUGGAAAUGUCUUCAUCAGAUCCUUAUGAGUGUCUAGCGAAUGAGAGUAAAAUUAUUGAGAAACAUACCGAAAAAAGGCUGCAGAAUGAUCACCAAAUGGAUAAUCUUAUUCUUUUAGUCUAUAUAAUCCUCCUAACUCUCUCUGUCAUAACAAUCUGGGCUUUUAAACAUAGACGCUUCCGAUAUAUCCACGAAACAGGACUUUCAGUGGUGUAUGGACUCAUUGUCGGUCUUAUACUCAGAUAUGCUAUAAAAUCUCAGAAUUAUUCUGUAGAGACGCAUGUGUUUCCACGUAAAAAUGAUGAAGCAUGUGGUGGUCGUUUACCACCAGAGAGGCUGAUUAUUGAGCUUCCUGUUCGUGACCAAUACGGAAAGUUUAAUUUAAGCAUGUCGUUUCGGUACAAAUUUGAACAACAAUCAGAUUUUGACUCUCUGAUCAACAAUAAGGCUACGUUUGACCCGGAAUUCUUCUUUAAUGUUUUGCUGCCCCCAAUAAUUUUUUCAGCGGGAUAUAGUAUGAAACGCGGUCAUUUUUUCAAAAACAUUGGGGCUGUUCUUACCUAUGCAUUUGGUGGUACAUUGAUAUCCGCGCUAGUUGUUGGAGUCGUCUGCUACGGCUUUACCCGUGGAAUAACUUCACUUUCCCAAGCCUUACGUCUCGCAGACUGUCUUUUGUUUGGAGCUAUAAUAUCUGCCACCGAUCCUGUGACUGUUUUGGCUAUCUUUAGUGACUUGAGAGUUGAUGUCAACUUAUAUGCACUUGUUUUUGGCGAAAGUGUACUUAAUGAUGCAUUAGCAAUCGCUCUAGCUCAGUCGAUUGAGAAAUAUGGAUCUCUGUCUGCUGGUAAUUUUGAUAGUCACGCUUUCCUUUCCUCCGUGUUAAACUUUUUCGUGAUGUUUGGAGGUUCUUUUGUCACUGGCGUUUCUAUUGGCUGUGUAACAUCUCUUCUGACAAAGUUUACACAUAUUAAGGAGCAUCCUCUACUGGAAACAGCUUUAUUUGUUUUAAUGUCUUACAGUACAUUUCUUUUUGCUGAAAGUGUUGGAUUCACAGGUAUUGUUUCCGUGCUGUUCUGUGGUGUAACCCAGGCACAUUACACUUAUAACAACCUAUCCCAGGAAUCUAAAGUAUGGACAAAAUCUUUCUUUGAACUACUUAACUUCCUGUCGGAAAACUUUGUAUUCGCAUACAUUGGUGUCUCAACGUUUACUUUUCCUCAUCAUUAUUGGGAUGUUAGAUUUGUAUUUAUCUCAUUAUUCUCAUGUGUAAUUGCUCGGGCAGUCAGCGUAUAUCCACUUACAGCCCUCAUUAAUUUCUGCCGAACUUAUCACUGUUCCUGUUCUACGAACUGUUUAAAACGAAAGUUUGGUUCUAAUUCUCAACUACCCUACUCUAGCGAUAAAAAUGUGAAGCCUGGAUCAUCGUUUCUGGCGAACUCAAUGGAUUUGGGUAAUGUUGAAGUUACUUCGAAUGGUGACAAUCGAAAGAAUAUAUCUAACAAAAUCACGUUAAAUUUUCAACAUAUGAUAUUUUUCUCAGGCCUUCGGGGUGCCAUGGCUUUCUCGUUGGCGAUUCGCAAUACAAGUUCUGAAAUACGUCGGAUGUUUUUUUCAACAAUUAUUGUUAUAGUUAUGACUACGGUGUUAUUGGGAGGUUGCUUUGCUAUAUCGUUACUUCACAGAUUGCGGAUACCUAUUGGCGCAGAGUGCAACAAUAAAAAUCAACCGCAUACAGAUGUGGACGAAGAUGCGGUUGAAGACCAAAGUUGUUGUAGUUCUCGUUGGAUGAAUUUUGACAAAUUCUAUUUGAAGCCAUUACUUACACACAGCACUCCACCAUUGACCCAAUCAUUACCAUCAUAUUGUUAUAAAUUUGCCAAAUUACUUACAACUAUCGAACAGAGAAGUGAAACAUUUGUCAAUAAUGAUGAAGGUAACAGUUGUAUUGAUAAAUUUAAAAGCGACAGUACCACUAUAUUUUUCUCUAAUGAAAAGGCAUCAAUCAGUUCUACACUCGAUAUGAACACUGUUAAAGUACAGCCUGCAGAAUGUGUGGAACUCAUUCAACUCGAUAGCGAUACUGACGACAUAAUUAUUAGUGACAAUAAUAAUAGUACUAAUAAUAAGUUUGAGCUUAACGAUGCAAAGAAUUUUCAUGAUCCACUCUAUUUCAAUGAAGUUAUGUAGAUAAAACUAUUCAUUGAAUUAUGAACAAUAAUGAAAAAGUGACGCUGAUAAUUAUCACCAUCAUUAUGGUUGAAAAGAAAUUACUUUGUUGUGAUCAAUGCAUUUUCUUUCCUCAUUGAUUCUUUACUAUUUCACAAUCUGUUAAAUUUGAUUAUCCAUGACUGAGAAAUUCCAUUUAUAUGUCUUUAUUUAGUCAAUACAUAAAUAUGAACAAACAUAUUAUAAUAGAGAGAGAGAGAGAGCACUAAUCCACAUUUAAUUAGGACAAAUACUUUGAAUAGUAGAAUUAUGAUAUAUGCUUGCAUAAAGUAUGUUUUAAUUUGUUUGUUUGUAUUUAUUGUGUUUCUGUGUUAAUUUAAAACUAUUAAUCUGAUCUUUUUUUUUGUCUUGAUUUUAAAUUCUUUGCAUACAUUCUUUUUUCUUUUUUAAACACCACUGUUACAUCUGCUGCUAAUGAAAGUGAGAUAUUUAUUUUUUUUUUGUUUGUUUAAAGCAAACACUGUAUGGGUUUUCACAACUAAGUUUUAUUCUGUGAUUCAUUCAUUUCAUUCCAUAGAUUAGAAGAACUUAAAAUAGAUAAAAAGCAUCAUCAUAUGUUACAUUCAUUUUGUUUGUUUCAUUUUAUUGAUGUAAAUAUUGUUUUUUGGUGUUGUUAUUAAUUUUCAUUUACGAAUCAUUAAUUACACAUUUGUAAUAUUCUUUUUGGAAUAUUAUUUUUGUAUAUUUUUUUGCUUGUUCACUAGUUCCCACUGCAUUGAAUCAUUACUAGUGAUAAUUUUAUUUUAUUGAAAUAUUCUCAUGAGCUGUGAAAAUAAGAUUCUAUUGUACUUUUUAACUUAAUGUUCAUAUGUGAAUGCAUGUAUCAUUUACUAAAUCUCUACUUGAAAUUUUGUGCACUUAAAUGUGGAGUACAUAGUUGUUGGUUACUCGAUUAGCGAGUAAUCAAUAAAUUCUUUCCAACUAACUUAUAAAUUGAGAUUCUAUUUAUUCACUUUCAGUUAGUUCUUUGAACAAUAAGAAAAUAAACUGUCACAGUAUUCUGUUUGAUAUCCUUUUUAAGUAUGCUUUAAUAUUCACCGACCGUAGCUGCUACCUUGACGUGGUGGUCGGGCUUGCCUGUUGGGAUGACCACACCGAGAUUUAUUGGAUGGAACAGGUGUUGCUGUAUGUUCUACCAUGCCAGGCUGGUCGAUUGGAGGACGGUGAGACUAAAAGCACUAACUCAUGGUCUUAGGGCAAAGUCAUACUGCUGACUGUAGAGGGGCGUGACAGCAUUAAGUUGUUUCUCUCGGGCAAUCACCAUCUGGAGCCAUGCUGCUUUCUCGCAAGGAACGAAGGGUUAGAAAAGGUCGACACUAAAAAUGUCGAACCUCAUCUUAUCCCGCGGAUUUCUGUCUCUGGUAGUAAGAUCAUUUGAAGAGCGUAGCUAACAAUACCAAAACGUCCCAUAAAAAGACCAUGUGCAAUUGUCCGUUGGGCUCUGUGGUUAUGCUCUCAGGUCUCUAUGGCCAACACUAAUGCAACUUAGUUUUCAAGUUCCUCAAGAAACACCCUUCCACAAUGUGGGCAACCGGGAAGUGACAUCCGCCCUCAUACCAGUAAGAGAACACUCGAGAUCAUUAAUAAUUACCUGAAUUGCAUCAUUCGUCUAGGUGAGGUAACUUCAUUUUUGAAGUGUUGGACUUCCUGUUAUUGGAUAACUGCUUGAAUUUCUAUUCCACUUACUUCAGCUCAAACAACUAGAUAGUAUAUUUAGUGUUUCUGUAAUUAAGCAUAACUUGAAGUUUAUCUAAUUAAUAGGUUACUUUAUCAGUGGGUCAGAUGAAAAUCAGUUUUUUUUC